AUGGCGAAAAAAGAAUGGUCAACUUACGAACGACGAUACUGCAUUGAUUCUGACGCGAGAACGUUUACAAAGACAGAGAUUCAUCACAAUACGAACGUCCGUGGCGAGCUAACAACUCCCUGGAAGUCAACCGAAAGAAUUGUGAACGAGUACUACGCACUACAGCUCGUCAAGAAGAAAACAACAAUCCCUGUGCCUCAGCCUUUACUUCUGAAGAAGGAACUCACUAGUUGGUCGAUAACUACGGAAUAUGUCGCCGGCACUGCUCUAGAUGAGCUUCCAGGGAAUAUCCGUGCAACAGCAGUCCCAAAUGCUGAUCGAUACAUCAACGACCUCGUCUUGCCACAGCUGGCGACUCUCAAGUCCAGGUGUAGCGGAGCUCUGACUGGAGAUGUGAUACCUCCUCGCCGCGUGAUCGAGAAGUACCCUGAGAAGAAAUGGACGCCUACAAGAACGCAAACUCAAUCAAUAUUCUCUGCGACCCGUUGA